UAGGCGGGAAUAGGCAAGUCUCCUACUGCUUGUGAGCACAUUGGAGCUCAGUUCAACUGGCAAUUCGAUACCGAGCAGAAGCAGCGACUCUCUACAUACAAAAUGGAACUGAAGUUCCACAUAUUAAUUUUCGUUGUGCUCAUCGUGGCGUUCGCUGGCAUUGACGCAAAGGGAGGAAGAUUUAGAGGAAGUUCGUCUCGAGGCCGUUCAUCUCACAGUAGUUCAUGGUCUCGCCCAAGUUCGUCAUCUCACUCCAGUUCAUGGUCUCGCCCAAGUUCGACAUCUCACUCCACUUCAUGGUCUCGCCCAAGUUCGACAUCUCAUACAAGCACAUGGUCUCGUCCAAGUUCGCCGUCUCAUUCGAGCUCAACGACGAAUCACAAAAUAGGAUCGACAGGCAGCUUCCUGAACGCAGAACGUCGGCCUGGUUCAGCAACAGUUAACCACCCAUCAAGCUCAGAUCCAUUUCGAGGUGCCAGCGCUCCGACAUCAGGUCAUGGCGGUAACACUAACAACUCACCGUUCAGGCCAUUUGGCACUGUUCCACCCCCGAGACAAACUGUCAGUAACACUAACAACUCACCGUUCAGGCCAUUCGGGACAGUACCACCUGCACCAGCCCACGGUAAUGAUUUUAACAAUAGACCUGUGACACCUCCCCCCCCUGGAUUUGUUAUACCUCCUAGGCACACAACACCAAAGGCCCCAACAUACACGAAACCUACAUCUCGUCCUGUUUCCCGUCCACCUUAUCACAACUAUCGCAAUUCAACACCAAACCACGGUUCUUCGCCACCUGGUUUCAGACAAAACAUAACUUCUAUGGGAGGAGUCAACUAUCCCAGACAACCACCAGUCUAUCACCCAACCCAAACAUACUUGCAACCGCAGACAGCUUAUCCACAAGGGCAUGGUAACAUACAACCGAUUCACAAUCACAUCUAUCCUCAGCAGGGACCCGUUCUGCCCCCCAACCCUGCGCCGACCUAUGUAAUAGUACCAGGACAGCAGUCUUAUAGUUCAGGCAGGCAGACGGGCGAUAUUUUCAAAGAGGCACUGAUACAUGCUGGCGUCAAUGCUGCCGUUCACAGACUAACGGCUCCCAGUUACUACGAUCACUACCAUCAGAAUUCCUGGAACAGCUACGGUGUUCCUCCUUCUCCUCGAGGCAGCUCGGUUACAACUACGCACAUAGUCAAUAAUUACUAUGACCAGGGACCUGGAGGUGCUCCAAUGAAUGGUGGAGGAGGCGGUGGUUCAAAUUUACCACCGAAUUACCCUGCGCAGAGCUACCCCGGCAGCUUUUCAGGUGGUUCGCAGCCUGCGCCUCCACCUAGCGUUGGAUACCCAGCUGGAAAUACUGGAAGUAACGUUAAUUCCGGAUCUCAGGGUACAUUUGUUUCGCCUGGGAAUACCAACUCUGGGCUUCCGUCAAAUGGGAUUUCUUCUCCGACCCAAGAUAAUGGACGGGGUCAGUCAUAUCCUACCCAGUACUGGCCUAUGUCAGUUUCCGACGAAGAGCUGUGGAACAUUACUGAGAAAUUAUUCAGCAUGGAUGAGAAUAAUGCUCAAAAGUAUAUUACCCUGAAUUUGCAGAACAAGACAACUGCUAACAACACUAACAUCACAGACGCGUCUCCUCAGCCCCUAUUCAACAUUCAGCCCGAGGCGUACCAGAUUCCGACCAUACGAGCGAUUCGUUCUUUGUAUAAAGCAGCAUCUGAGGUAGAGAACAAGACACGUGAAAACAGUAGAAAAGAAGAGACGCUUCUAAUUGAUUUGCUACUGAACACAAACGUGAUGUCUGCGACAAUGGGAUUCUUGGAGAAGAAGAAUCUGAUGGGAAGUUAUUACUCCGAACAAAAAGAAUCUUUGAAGCACAUAUGGUUCACCACGUAUGACGGUUCUUCGUCAGGAUUCAAACGAGUAUUUCAAGGGGAAAUCAUCCCUGGUGAGGGUUUGUACGGCAUACAAGACUGGAUAGCGUUUGACUUUCUAGAAAAAUCCGGACGUGCCAAUUACCUGAGUUACACUGAAAAACUAGAACUGGGAAAGGCUCCGCAAACAGCGUCGAUUCUCAAAAUCAACUAUGAAAUGAGCGGUUUUAAAAAAACUGGGAGUUCCCUGUUAAUCGGCACUUCGCCGGAAUUGGAGCUGGCACUAUACACAAUCUGCCACUACGCAAGACCCAAUAAUUAUUGCAAUAUCGCACUCGGAGGAACGCGUAUGAUGUUGUACACUCACACGUUCCGGUACUUCGGAGCUGACUUGAUCGACCUUGGCCUUCCCAUAGUGUAAUAACGGAGUCGAGAAGUCUCGAUUUAUAUUUACUUUAAUUCGUUAGCAUACCGCACAAUAAUUUUUUUCAUGUAAUAAAAAAUAUUUGUAAUUUU